AUGAUGAAGUCCGCCUUGUUUGCCUCUCUUAUCUUUGCUCCUUCGGCGCUUGCAAGCGUCGUUAUCCCAGGUGGAGCCCUCACUCUGGACCAGGUUACCGUUUGGCCAGAUUGCAAUGAUCCAGGCCAGGAAACUCCCUUCCAGGGUUGCAAGAACGGAGCCGACCCAUGGUCUGAUUGCAGCAACGGCGGCGGCGGUGGCAAUGGCAAUGGCCAAGGCAACAAUGGCCAAGGCAACAGCGCCACCGAUCCCUCCCCCACCGAUCCCACCAACGUUUCCCCCACCGAUCCCACCACCGACGCUUCCCCCACCACUGGUAACAAUGCCAACGGCAACAGCAACGGCAACAGCAACGGCCGAAGGCUGCAAGGUUCCUCUCCCGAAUGCCACAAGAUCAACAUUUGUCACGGAAACGCCCACCACUGGAACGCCAUCACUGUGGACCGAGACAGUUUGAACAGCAACAAUGGUCAUGCUGUCGCCAACCACAACAACCGCAACCGAAAGCUUCCCGAUUUCUUGCCCGGCGCCGGAGCCAUCCGCAACCCCCGAGGAGCUGGUCAGGGAUACAUUGAUGGAAACUGCCAAUUCGUGUGCGACACCGGAGACUGCACCUACGACUGUGGUGGUUCUUCUCACUCACAAGUGUCUUGUCUUUUUCUAUGA